AUGUCGGUGGUAAAGCUGAUAUCAACUGGUAAAGCUGAUCCUUUAUCGUAUGCUUCACGUGCAUAUAGAGAUUAUUUAAUCGGACAUUGUUUACGUAUUUUAACCGGUACUGUUGGAGAUGCUCAUUUAUCUUCAAUAUUAGAAUAUGGACAAACUAUUAUGGCUUCUGCUGGAAUAGAUGCUGGAUUUUUAUGUACUGACAAAGUUACAGUUACACAUUGCGAAGAUGAAAUUGGAUUAUGGUGGGGAGCAGUUAUAUAUCUGGCAGCAUGUUGGAGAUUGAAAGAAGACGAUUCACAAGCAUGGAGCAUUGUUGAAAGCAAAUUUCCUUAUGAAAAAUGUUAUCAACUUUGCAAUAAUAAUAAUAGUAUUAGUCCACUACCAUAUAUUGUUUUAAAUGCUUUGCAAGCAACAAAAGCGACUACUAAAUCAGUCUCUAUGCGUUUUAUUGAUCAGGCAGGAAUAUUGCUUGAACAAUGUUUGGUUUAUUAUAAUUGCAAGCAACAGUCAUCCCAAAACGUUUUGGUAAGAUAUUUAAAUAUUAUGUUUAUAAUAUAUUAAUAUAUUCAAUUCUUU